UGGCCGGAAGGGGAACAGAUCUCGACCCUGGGGACUGACACCACACCCAUCUGUGUGUGGGUGUGUGUGUGUGUGUUUGAGCUGCGUGUGUGUUGCUCAGCAUAUGCUCUGUUGUGUUUCUUCUUCUUGUUCUGCUCUGACCUGGUAGACGUCGCCAUGGACGGUCACACGACUCCAGCCCCUGGGACCCUCCCUCUUUCUACCAAAGCUGUGACUAAGAUGGUGACAAAUGGCACCGACACUGACGAUGGAGAUUUGGCAGCUUUAAUCGGAGGGAUCGUCGGCUCCGUGCUGCUGCUCCUCAUCUGCAUCAUAGCCGUGCUGCUGUGGUGUAUGUCCAGGCAAAAAGGCUCAUACGUCACCAACGAGACGGACGGCGACGACGAGGUGGACGACGACGACAAUCGGUCCGUGGGCUCUGAUGCGGAGCUCCAAUGCAAAGAACCUCUGAAGACCAAAGAGGACGAAUAAAGACAGAAGCAAGGAAACUUUUACUGGAGUCGUCGAGGACUAAAGAGCUUUUGUGUUUGCGGGAAAUCAUUUUUCAAUAGUAGCUGAUUUCCUAAAGCACAAAGCGGGUUUGCACGUUGCUGCCACCAAAUGGCUGCAAGACAAAACUGACAAGUGACUCUUCACUUGGCGGCCAUUUUAUUGCAGUGACGUUAUUGGAUGAAGUUUGGGCGUCAGUUGAUGAAUGAAAGUCACAACAUGUUUCAAUGUGAUUUUAUUUCUAAUGUCAAUAUUUACUCUUGUUAACGUGACGAUGUUUCCGGAGAAAUAUCUAAUUAGACAUAAAACCAUGCAGCUCAGUCUCCUGAAGAAGUGUUGGCGUUGUACGUUUCUGCCAACCAUGAAUACGUCACAUUUGCAAGUUUCGUAUGUGUCAUAUCAUCAUUCCAAAGUCAAGUACCUGGCUUUGUCAUCAGGAAGUGGAGAUGGCGGAUGGCGUGUCACCUACAGGACAUGCUUACCAAGCUGCAGACCCCUGUUUGAGACCACAAACGUGGGUGUUUUGUGGCAACCUAUUGCUGUACAUGAAAAGUGGUUGUUUCCAGGGGGUAUAGUGUCUCCGAAAGCGGGUAUAUGAAGCUAAAACACGACCAUUUUUAAACUCUU